UUUGGCACUGUCAGCACCACGCGCCAAUAGUCAACGAAUCGCAUCAAACUUUUAAACAUGUCGAAAAUAAUUUUGAUCAUUUCUGCGCUAGUUUGCGUUAGUUGCGCCUGUCUCAUCACGAACUGCCCCCGAGGGGGCAAAAGGGGUGAGAACCCAUUGCUCUCGCUGCACAGCCUGGCUGCAGAGUGCCCUAGCUGUGGCCCUGGACAUCAAGGCCAGUGCUUCGGCCCUAAUAUCUGCUGUGGAACAGCAAUUGGCUGCUUUAUAGGCACUCCGGAGACCUAUAAAUGUCGAACCGAGAGUCUGUACUCUCGUCCAUGCAUCGCAGGCUUCGCCAUGUGUCGAGACAAUACUGGCAGAUGUGCUGCUAAUGGAAUUUGCUGUUCACAAGAGAACUGUCAUGUGGAUUCGUCCUGCAGAAUCAGUGAUGAAUUCAACGAUCGGAAAAUUGGACAGGAAUACUCGAGGCUUUCUCCGGAGAAUGAACAAUAAAACUUGAUCGAAUUGAAAAGCAUUAUUAUUGGAGCAUCGGUGUUGAAUUCUAAAUAAAUCUGCAAAUUGAUGAUUACA